ACAAUCGCGAAAUUGGACCGAAAUAUAAUGCGUUAAAACGUUUCGCAACACCGGCUCUGUACAUUCCUGUUCAUCACCUGUCUACGAUUCAAUUGUUAACAAUCGUUAGUUGUUUGACAACAAUUAAACUGUUGUCGUGGUCAACAGUGUAUUUUUUGUGGAAAUCUGGCAUUCGAAUGCAGAUAAUUUUUUGUACGAAUUACAUAACCUGAUUGAUAUUACAAUUUUGUGUGACGAGCGAAUGAUUGAAUACUUAAUAAGUGGUUCAAAGUGCAAGAAAAUCAAUUCCCUGGCGUAAUAUUAUAGUCUCAUAAUAUUGGUACAUUAUUUCGUGCUUUUAUUGCAUUUUGGAAGCUUUUUAUAACGAAAAAUGUCGAGAUUCUUGACUAGUCUUUGCCCACAAGUGAGGAAGCUGGUGAGCCUCUCAUUGGUGGAAUCAAAGUCCUUAGUGUCCUCUCAGAACAUUCGGAGCUUCUCAUUGAGCUCAAGAUUAUUGGCAGGAUGGCCCCAAAUCCAGAAACCUGCACCUGAUUUCGCUGGUACUGCUGUUGUCAAUGGUGAUUUCAAGGACAUCAAGCUGUCUGAUUAUCGAGGGAAAUAUGUUGUACUAUUUUUCUACCCAUUAGACUUUACUUUCGUUUGUCCAACUGAGCUUCUCGCAUUUAGUGAAAAGAUAUCAGAAUUCAAGGAAUUGAAUGCUGAGGUGGUCGGUGUCUCCACAGACUCCCACUUCAGUCAUCUAGCAUGGAUCAACACCCCGAGGAAACAAGGAGGUCUCGGUGGUGAUCUUGGAUACCCACUUUUGAGUGACUUCAAUAAGCAGAUAGCAGCCAGCUAUGGAGUCCUCCUGGAUGAACCUGGUGUCGCUCUCCGAGGGCUUUUCAUUAUCGAUAGAGAAGGGGUUUUACGUCAACUGAGCGUUAAUGAUUUGCCUGUCGGCAGGAGUGUUGAUGAGACACUGAGGCUCAUCAAGGCCUUCCAAUUUGUCGAGAAACAUGGGGAGGUGUGUCCGGCCAACUGGCAGCCAGAUUCCAAAACGAUAAAGCCGAAUCCGAAGGGCAGUAAGGAGUACUUCGAGUCUGUUAACUAAUUGUAGAAAAGAUGGGGCGGAGUUGAUAUAUUUAAUGAAGGAAUAAAACAUUCAGAUUAGGCACA